AUGAGAAAAGAAAAAGGUCUCUUACUGCAGCAACGGGAGUGGGAGCACCAGUCGCCGGGCUCGAGGCGGAACUCCACGGAUCCCUUUAAGAAAAGGGCAGACAAGCCAGACAUGGGGGAAAUCACCAGCUUGGAUAAGACCAAGCUGAAGAAAACGGAGACGCAGGAGAAGAACACCCUGCCGACCAAAGGGACCAUUGAGCAGGAGAAGCGGAGCGAAAUUUCCUAAGAACCUAAAGGAUUCCCCACCCCUGUCAUCUUUGAGACACCCUCGUCGUGGAGGAAGAAGAGCCACCUGCAAGAUGGACAUGAGCGACCAGCUGCACCGUGAACCCGGGCCCUCCGUGCCGAUGCCACCGGCCUGCGGGUCUCUGAGUCCACCCCCCCGCCCCCAAUCGG